AUGAUCAGCCCCCAGAUAGCCGAAGUUUUCCCAAGAAAGAGAAAAGGAGAGAUCGAGAAGUUCAAGAUGCCCAUCACGCUCGACAUGGCGAAGAUCAGCAACCUCUUCCAUCUCAGACAAACUGAGGCAGCGCAGCAGCUCGGCAUCUCGCUGACCGCGUUGAAGAAUGCGUGCCGACGAGUUGGGCUCGCAAAAUGGCCGUACUCCCGCAAGCGCCCUUCAGGCAGUCCCGUCGAGACCAAGAAGUCUGAGAGCAAGCCUCGCAAUCCUUUCGCUCAAGAUCUCUUCGUCAAGCACGACUGUUAUGAGAACUCGCACUUCGAAAUCUUUUCCAAUGUGGCCGCCGAAGUGCCAGAGCAGAGCAGCUUUCCAGAGCUCUCCUGCAGAUCAUACUCAUGGAACGAUGAUGACUUGUUCAACGAAGUGAUUGAGCAUGUUGAGAAGAGGUCCAAGGUCCAAGACUUCCAGCAAGUUGAGAUUUGCUGGGUGCAUUAA